GGGGAAGGUUUUUUCACAGUUAUUCUAGAUUCACUUUGACCUGCCCACGAUCUUCAGUAAACUAUGGUUUUCAUCUAUAACCAGUUCGACUCGAUAAUCAUUCCUGACAGUAAUCACAAUCGGUUGUCCCUCUAAAUCGUCACUUUCAACAUCGAAUCACCAUCUGUUCAACGAAAAAAUGGUGUUGAAACAUAGCGCGCAUCUUUAUCAGGAGUGGCAAAUGCUUCCCAUGACGCUAAAGAAAUUGAAAAACCCUAUGUUUACAGAGAACGACAACAAAAGUCUCAGAUGUGGCCUGACCUUAUAAAAAAAGCUAAGGAUGAAGGUUUAGAUGUCAUACAAACUUAUGUAUUUUGGAAUGGGCAUGAACCAUCUCCUGGGAAGUACAAUUUUGAGGGGAUAUAUGAUUUGGUGAAGUUCAUAAAACUGGUACAACAAGCAGGACCAGGGGCGGAUUUAUGUGGGCUCUAAGGGUAGCCCGUGCUACCCCUCAACUUCGACUCGUAAUGGUAAUUUUUUUUGGUUUUUUUUUUCUGUUUUAAGUGUAGGAUACCCCUAAGCAAAUAAGAAGAUACCCCUGAGAAAAAUAGGAUACCUAAAGAAGAAGAAGGAUGCUGGUUGAUGUUGUUGCGGCUGUGUAAAUGAGUUUUAGGGUUGCAGAAUUUGUUUGUGAGGAAGAUGAUUAGCUGGGGGCUAGGGUUUAAAGUUCAUGUUUGUUUUAGUGUAUCACCGUGAGGCUUCAAUGCUUGAGUAGGCCCACCCUCCAGCCCACACUACAUGUGUGUUUAUAUGUAGAUUUUUGAUUGUGUUGAUUUAGAUAAGCCACUGUAUUAUGUGCAACUAAAGUCAAUUAUUAUCUAAUAACAGAAUUUAUCACGGGCCAUUGAUACAAUACGGCCCAAGUGCCCAAGCCACACUCCAUGUUUAACCAUGACUCUAUGUUUCAACACCAUUUUUUCGUAAGUUUAAGAAAAUAUGCAGGUAUUUGGGAUAACCAUGGAUCAUAAGCCGAGCCUAGAUGGACAUGUUGUACCGAACCCUGUUGAUCCUGAAAGUUACAUGGUUAUGUUUUGCUACAAAAAUGGGUCUCUAACUCGUGAAGAUAUACGUGAUCGAUGUGCGGAUAAAUCUUGGGAUGUUUUUAAUCAGUACGAAGCAAGCUCCAACAUUGAACGGAUUAACGAUCAAUACACCAGGGGAUUUGGCAAUCAGUCUUGGCACCAGUGAUACGGUUAGGAUACUUCUAGAAAGAGCUUAUGCUACAUCAAAGCUUUGGGAUAAUGCUCCUGUUGUUCUCUCUGGAGAUUUUAACUCAACCCCAAAGAGUUCACUGUACAACUUCAUAUCCGAGCAAAAGUUAAAUAUGUCUGAACUGCCUAGAGAUAAGAUAUCAGGACAAUAUUCUGCUGAAAUUUAUCCCAAAAGACCGGUUUUCUCUAAUUUCAGGGACCAAUUAGAAUGGUGAUGAGAGACAAGUCCAGGAGCCACCAACAUCACAAGCCAAGCACAACAUGACUGUCACCAGCUGCCACCAUUCUCCAAAUCUGGAAAAGUUGGGAGUUUAUGACAUCAAGUGGAGAGAAAUUGACACUUAGAAGUGUGCAAUUCAUGUUGAUUAUGAAACAUGUUAUUGAAUGGACCUGUGUCAAUUGUAAGCAGUUGAUUUUGUUUAUAUUCAGAGUUUUUUUUUUUCCAUAUUACUAUGGCAAAGUAGCCGUCCACCGGAUGAACCAGUACUUUUAUUGGUUGUUUGUAAGAUUGAUGUUUAUUAGUUUAAUUAAGAAUCUUAAUUUGUUCACGUA